GAUGUUUAACUAUUACUUUAGGUUAUAUAUGUCCAAACCAAGUUCACUUUUAACGGUUUGAAAAAUAGUCGCCGACCUUUUCAUGAAUAAAUUCGAAAAUAACAUCAUUUCAAGCAUACUCACUCUUAAAAUAUGGUUAAGAUAUGUGGAUUAUACUUUUGUAGUACUUAAACGAGAUCUACACAAUUCAUUCCUGCAGAAAAUAAACUGUGUAUCUCCCAAAAUCCAGUUCACUUCGGAAGCAGGAUCAGACGUCGGUGAACUACCAUUUCUAGACUACCUAAUUAAGACAAAGGAAAACGGACAUUUUGGUAUAUCCAUAUUCAGGAAGAAAACCCACUCCAACAAAUAUUUAGACUUCAAAUCAUCACACCCCAUCAGCGCAAAAAAAUUUCAGUUGUUUCAAGUCUUCUUUGACGAACACACUCUCUGGUGAUGGAUGAGCAAGAAAAAGAAGAAGAAAUAUCAAACAUUACUGAAACUCUCAAGCAAAACAACUACCCAAGGAACUUCAUCAACGAAAUCAACACUGACAUUAGGUAGGGCAGAAAACGCAUUCUGAAAACAUGGACAUCAACAGUCGUCAUUCCAUAUAGAGCAGAGACGUCAGGCGAUAUCAGAAGAGUACUCAAUCAGCU